AUGCUCGCAUUUUUAUGCCAUCUAGUCAAGAUAAAACCCGUUGAUAUCACUUUUGCUGUAUCUCAAGUUAUCUUUGAACGCGCCCAGCAUGAGCUUCCGAGGCAUUUCAGCGAAGGGGAGACAGCGGCGAAGAGUUUUAUCAAGCUUGUGGAAGUGUCGUCUUCAAGUCCUAUUCGGCUAGAAGAAAUGAAGGCGAACUAUGAGUCUGUUUUGGACUCCAUACUUGCCGACGACAGCCAAUGCGAUCCAGACAUUUUCCUCACAGACGUAAUUGCAUUCUGUACUCUGGGUGUUGCCCGUAUUAAAUCGCGCAAGCCCUUCAAGAUCGUGGGCUGGUGUUCAGUAGCGCCCAUGCUCCUCUAUUCACAUCUGAGAGGCUUAUCGGAGGGGUUUUCUGGGCUUGGAAAGGCUUUGGAUGCUGUUGUUAAUGAGAUUAAAGGGAAGGCAAAGGCGGAUGGUAUCACUUUUCGCCAGGCUUCAAUUGAAUUCAAUGCUUCACACCUCACUGGAAAGUUAGUUGAUAUUCCCGAACUACCCCCCGUCGCGGAUUAUGAGAUCUACCCACAAGAGGUAAUUAUUCGCGUUGGUGCGCAGUCACAACUGAUGAUGUCGCAUUUAGCCACCGUACUUCCUGCCCUUCGACAUCCAUCUCAAUUCACUCCGUUCUAUCGCACUCUGCGAUGGUUUAAUAUCUCCAUCUGCCUACGUUAUUGA